AUGGGGCACCACUUGCACCCCAACUCGGAAUCUGUCAUCAGAGCUAACCAUGAUAUUCUCGCUUCAGUCACCAGCAGUGCUGGUCGGCAAGAAGCAGCACUUAACCAUUACAGUAAAAGUUUUCAAGGUUUCUCAGCCAAGCUUACACCGUAUCAAGCUCAACAACUUGCUGAACAUGAUUCGGAUUCGGUGUUUGAGAGCAAGACAAACAAACUGAGCACAACACAUUCCUGGGAUUUUCUAGGCGUAGACUCUACCUUUGGUAACAAUCAAAUGCCAUCGGAUUCAAAAUCCGAUGUCAUUGUUGGUGUAAUCGACACUGGAGUUUGGCCCGAGUCAGAGAGCUUCAGUGAAGGACUCGGACCUGUGCCCGAAAAAUUCAAAGGACAGUGUACUGGACAGAAUUUUACAUUGGCAAACUGCAACAGAAAAAUCAUAGGAUCUCACUUCUACUAUCAUGGAUUUGAAGUAGAAAAUGGGCCUCUUGAGUCCUUUGCGCCUCUACCUUUCUUCAGAUCAGCGAGAGAUGCUGAUGGACAUGGGAGUCACACUGCCUCAACGAUAGCUGGAUCCACAGUAACUAAUGUCAGAUUCUUGGGAAUGGCCACAGGAACCGCAAGAGGCGGUGCACCGGGUGCCAGGCUUGCUAUUUACAAGGCAUGUUGGUUUGACUUGUGUAGUGAUGCAGAUAUUCUUUUAGCUCUGGAUGAUGCCAUUGGUGAUGGCGUUGAUGUUCUCUCCCUUUCCCUUGGUCCUGAUCCUCCACAGCCGACGUAUUUUGAAAAUGCAAUCUCCAUUGGAACUUUCCAUGCAUUCCAGAAAGGAAUACUUGUUUCUGCAUCAGCGGGGAACUCUGGUUUCCCUAGUACUGCAUGCAAUGUUCCUCCUUGGAUCCUCACUGUUGCUGCAAGCACUUUGGAUAGAGAAUUCCAUUCAAAUGUGCAUCUUGGAAAUUCACAAAUAUUAAAGGGUUCCUCUCUAAACCCACUGGAAAUGGAGUCGUCCUACAGUUUGAUAUCUGCAAGUGUUGCAGCUGCCUCUGGAGCCACAGCAAAGAAUGCAAGCUUCUGCAAGAACAGUACUCUAAAUGCAAGCUUAAUUAAGGGAAAAAUUGUUGUGUGUACCUUGACAUUUACUGAUAACAGAAGGGAGAAAAGCAUAGUUGUAAGACAAGGUGGUAGUGUAGGAAUGAUUCUUGUGGAUCCAUUUCUCAAAGAUGUUGGCUUUCAGUUUGUCAUCCCUGCCACUCUAAUUGGUCAAGAAGAAGCAGCACAGCUUCAAGCAUACAUGACAAAAACAAAGUAUCCAGUUGUUAGAAUAUCACAAACAACUACAAUUCGGAAAACCAAACCUGCACCAGAAAUGGCAGUGUUCUCUUCCAUGGGGCCAAACAUCAUAGCCCCAGACAUCAUCAAAGUUAGUUCUAUAAAAAAAUUCAUUUAUCUCCUUACCAAACAUGCUUGGUCUCCGGUCGCAACUACAGCUACAGCAGACAGGUCCGUCAAUUAUAACAUCAUUUCUAGCACAUCAAUGUCUUCACAUGUAUCUGCAGUUGCUGCAACUUUGAAAAUGUACCGACCUUCCUGGAGUCCAGCAGCCAUAAUGUCUUCUAUAAUGACUACAGCAACGGCCCAAGAUAACAACAAACUUCCUAUUGGGAGAGAUCCAAAUGGCAUCCCUACUACACCUUUUGACUAUGGAUCUGGACACAUUAACCCAGUUGCAGCAAUUGAUCCUGGACUUGUAUAUGAUUUUGAUUCCCAUGACAUAAUCAAUUUUCUCUGCAGCACCGGGGCUAGCCCUUUGCAACUGAAAAACCUCACGGGUAAUCUAAUUUAUUGCCAGAAGCCUUUUAUACCUUCCUACAAUUUUAAUUACCCAUCAAUUGGUGUGUCAACAAUGAGUGGAAGACUAUCUGUCCAACGAACAGUUACUUACUAUGGUAAAGGCCCAACGGUGUAUGCUGCAUAUGUAGACUAUCCAGAAGGUGUAAAUGUUACAGUUACACCAGCUAAACUCAAAUUUACAAAGACUGGGGAAAAUAUGUCUUUUAGUGUAGAUUUCACCCCUUUCAAGGACAGUAAUGGAAGCUUUGUGUUUGGAGCUCUGACAUGGAGUAAUGGUAUUCAGAAUGUCAGGAGUCCUAUUGGUCUUAAUGUGCAUUCAACAUAGAAACAAGAGCUCUACAACAAGUUUCAGAUACUAAAUUAUAUAAGACGAUUGCAUUUGUAAAUUGUCAUCUGAAGGAUAUGAGGGGAAAUGUAUUUGUAUCAGAUCGAAAGUUAAUAACUUAAUUGUUAGUUCCUAAAGACUUUCAUUUCAAAGCAUACUGAUAAAUUG